UGUCGGGCUCCGACUCCUGCAGCUUCUCUUCCAGUUCAGCGGGUCAGGGCUGGUCGCGUCGGGCUCGCACGGUUGUCACCUCGCCAGCUCCUUGCCGGUGCGCUCGGGGCGGGCGGGCCGUCCGUCCGUCUGUCCGGAGGAUGAGGCUGGAGUGGGCGGAGGCGUGAGAACCGCGUUACUUUCCCCCCCCCCCCGGAGCUGGAGCGCCGCUGCUCCUGUAGUCCUGAGCCUCCAGUCGGGGCACCGGCGGGUUGGUUUGAGGGCCCCGCUGGAGCCGGAAGAUUGAACUUCACCCCGAAACCAGCCUCCGCCGGUCCCACCUGGCCGCCUUUACGUAACCCCUCCUGAAAGCCCGGUAGCAGUGCAGUCCGCCGGGGUGGCCACCCGGCAGCCGCGUCCCGGUGAAGCUCCCGGGGCGGCUGGCGCGCGAUCGCAGGCAGAUGCGGGGUCCACCGGCAGCGCAGCCACCAGCCGCCCAGCUUGCUAUGCCUCUGAGCUGCAAGAUAAGCAGACAGCUAAAUGGAGUCUGAGCAGCUGUUCCAUAGAGGCUACUGUAGAAACAGCUACAACAGCAUAACCAGCGCGAGUAGCGAUGAGGAGCUCCUAGAUGGAGCAGGUGCCAUUAUGGACUUUCAGACUUCUGAAGAUGACAAUUUGUUAGACGGGGACACAGCAGCUGGAACUCAUUAUACAAUGACAAAUGGAGGCAGCAUUAACAGCUCCACACACUUGCUGGAUCUUUUGGAUGAGCCUAUCCCAGGGGUCGGUACAUAUGAUGACUUCCAUACUAUUGACUGGGUGCGAGAGAAGUGUAAGGACAGAGAAAGGCACAGACGGAUCAACAGUAAAAAAAAAGAAUCAGCAUGGGAAAUGACAAAAAGUCUGUACGAUGCCUGGUCAGGAUGGCUUGUAGUUACACUGACCGGACUGGCGUCAGGGGCACUAGCUGGAUUGAUAGACAUUGCUGCUGACUGGAUGACUGACCUGAAGGAGGGCAUCUGCCUCAGUGCAUUGUGGUACAACCAUGAACAGUGUUGUUGGGGCUCUAAUGAGACGACGUUUGAAGAGAGGGAUAAAUGUCCACAGUGGAAAACAUGGGCAGAGUUAAUCAUUGGCCAAGCAGAGGGUCCUGGAUCGUAUAUCAUGAACUACAUCAUGUACAUCUUUUGGGCUUUGAGUUUUGCCUUUCUUGCCGUUUCCUUGGUGAAAGUAUUUGCUCCAUAUGCCUGUGGUUCUGGGAUUCCAGAGAUUAAAACUAUUUUGAGUGGAUUCAUCAUCAGGGGUUAUUUGGGAAAAUGGACUUUAAUGAUUAAAACCAUCACGUUAGUGCUGGCUGUGGCAUCAGGUUUGAGUUUAGGAAAAGAAGGCCCCCUGGUACACGUUGCCUGCUGCUGUGGAAAUAUCUUUUCCUACCUCUUUCCAAAGUAUAGCACCAAUGAAGCUAAAAAGAGGGAGGUGCUGUCAGCUGCCUCCGCUGCUGGGGUUUCUGUGGCUUUCGGUGCGCCCAUUGGAGGAGUUCUUUUUAGCUUGGAGGAGGUUAGUUAUUAUUUUCCUCUCAAAACUUUAUGGAGAUCAUUUUUUGCUGCUUUGGUGGCAGCGUUUGUUUUGAGAUCCAUCAAUCCAUUUGGUAACAGCCGUCUGGUCCUUUUUUAUGUGGAGUAUCAUACACCAUGGUACCUUUUUGAACUGUUUCCCUUUAUUCUCCUAGGGGUAUUUGGAGGGCUUUGGGGAGCUUUUUUUAUUAGGGCAAAUAUUGCCUGGUGUCGUCGACGCAAGUCCACCAAAUUUGGAAAAUAUCCUGUUCUCGAAGUCAUUAUUGUUGCAGCCAUUACUGCUGUGAUAGCCUUCCCCAACCCAUACACAAGGCUCAACACCAGUGAGCUGAUUAAAGAGCUGUUUACAGAUUGCGGGCCGUUGGAAUCCUCCUCUCUCUGUGACUACAGAAAUGACAUGAAUGCCAGUAAAAUUGUUGACGAUAUUCCUGACCGUCCAGCAGGCGUUGGAGUAUAUUCGGCUAUCUGGCAGUUGUGCCUAGCGCUCAUAUUUAAAAUAAUAAUGACAGUAUUCACUUUUGGUAUCAAGGUCCCGUCAGGCUUGUUUAUCCCCAGCAUGGCCAUUGGAGCGAUCGCAGGGAGAAUUGUGGGGAUUGCUGUGGAGCAGCUUGCCUACUAUCACCACGACUGGUUUAUCUUCAAGGAGUGGUGUGAGGUUGGGGCUGACUGCAUCACUCCUGGGCUGUAUGCCAUGGUUGGGGCUGCUGCGUGCUUAGGUGGUGUGACAAGAAUGACUGUGUCUCUGGUGGUUAUUGUUUUUGAACUUACUGGAGGCUUGGAAUAUAUUGUUCCUCUUAUGGCUGCAGUAAUGACCAGUAAAUGGGUUGGUGAUGCCUUUGGUAGGGAAGGUAUUUAUGAAGCACACAUCCGACUAAAUGGGUACCCUUUCUUGGAUGCAAAAGAAGAAUUCACUCAUACAACCCUGGCUGCUGAUGUCAUGAGACCUCGAAGAAGUGACCCUCCCUUAGCUGUUUUGACACAGGACAAUAUGACAGUAGAUGACAUAGAAAACAUGAUUAAUGAAACCAGCUAUAAUGGCUUUCCUGUUAUAAUGUCAAAAGAAUCUCAGAGAUUAGUGGGAUUUGCCCUCAGAAGAGACCUGACUAUUGCAAUAGAAAGUGCCAGAAAAAAACAAGAAGGGAUUGUUGGCAGUUCUCGGGUGUGUUUUGCACAGCAUACUCCAUCUCUUCCAGCCGAAAGUCCGAGGCCAUUAAAACUGAGAAGCAUCCUUGACAUGAGCCCUUUUACAGUGACAGACCACACCCCAAUGGAGAUUGUGGUAGACAUCUUUCGAAAGCUUGGUCUGAGGCAGUGCCUUGUAACUCACAACGGGAUUGUCUUGGGGAUCAUCACAAAGAAGAACCUUUUAGAACAUCUCGAGCGACUAAAGCAGCACGUGGAGCCCUUGACGCCUCCUUGGCAUUAUAACAAAAAAAGAUAUCCUCCGUCAUAUGGCCCAGACGGCAAACCAAGACCCCGCUUCAAUAAUGUUCAACUGAGUCCUGUAGAUGAGGACGGAGAGGAGACAGAAGAGGAAGUUCGUUUGUUGAAUAGCACAAUUCUUUAAUCUGCGGGACUCGUUCACUUUUUUCUUCUUUCAAAAAAAAAAAAAGGAAAGGAAAGGAAAUACAAGAGGAGCUGUUGCAACCCGGUUUGCAAAUAGGGAGAAGAGAGGGAUUGUGCGGGGAGGGAGCAGGAAAAGAGUGAGGUAUUUCCCUAGCUAACUGGAACAGUGAUUCAUCUCAUGUUGUUCUGCACUGUCUGCACUCACUGAGUGAGAGUGCAGGCUUGAGCCGCCAUGGAGCCGCACUGGAUCCUCAAGCAUCUGGCUGUUACGUCAGCACCCCAGAGACGCAUUACCGGUCCCUAUCUCUGGAGGGAUUACUUUGAAUUGAGCCAUCUGUUAAGACUGCAAGGUCUUGCCCUUUUAUAUCAGAACUGUUGUGUUAAACUCAUGAAUUGUAUAGUUAAGCAUCACCUUUCUACAUUCCAAAAGAGCUUCUCUCUCCUCCCUUCCCCUUCCUCCUCUCGAGCUGUAACGAAACCUCUUUGGUGUGUCCUUUUGAAGCAGUCCUUUCUCAUAUUGAGAUGUACUGUGAAUUUACUGAUGUUUCAUCACAAGAAGGGAAUGUUUCUUGUGCCAUUAACCAUGGAGUCUGUACCAUCACUAAAGGCUUGGAAAUGUGUGCACACACCACUGCUGGCCAAGCAGGGAAAAUCUGGAGGUGUGAAUGAAAUCCCCCAGCUUGUGUGCUGUGUGGUUCAGAAUCUAAAACAAACUUGACUCUAAUCAGUUUUAUUUUUUCCUCUCAGACUUUAUGGAUAAUGUGACCUAGUCUUAUGCAAAUUUUCUAUUUCUGAAAUCACUCCUAUGACAGAGAAGUGCUGUUCAGCAUAAAGAAAGCAAAUGCUGCUGCUGUGACCGCAGAGAGAGGGAAGGAUUCUGUUUAGCUGUACCUGGUAUUAAUUGCAUGUUAAACACUGGAACUUUGUUCUUCAAAUUAGAUCAUUCUUUUAUUUCAGGAUGUUUCACUGCUGACACUGGAGAUGAACUGUAAUUCAUAACUUGCACUAAAUGUAUAUUUCUUUUCUUAAAAAUUUACCAUUUUUAUUUAUAUUUUUAUGGAUUAAAAUUUAUAAAAUGCAGAUCAGUUAAUAUUGCACAUAAAUAAUUUUACCUUUUUAAUGUGACUUUUUUUAAUAGAAUAAUUCUGACUUACAAAUAUGGAGGUAUGAGUAAAGACUACCAUGGGCACAAGGGUUUAAGAAGAGGUGGUCAUGUCUGUGCUCCCAAGUACGCAUGAUACCUUCUGAUUUCUCACUGCCAUCUCCUGGGCUACGCCCUUUGACCUGUCCAUCUCAACCACAAACUAGAAAGUUGAAAAUACUAUAAAUUACUAGUAGUAGAUUAAAGCCAAACCUUUUUUUUUUUUUUUUAAGGAAAAAUCAAUCAAAAAUGAAAACAAGAAAGUCACAGUGUGGUUAUAACCUUUGAGUCACUGGGUAGGUCACAGCCAUACCUGAAGUGUUCUGUGAUGAUUUCAGUAGAUAUGGUGCACGUUUUUGCAGGAUUAGUUAUAAUGUACCUCAGAGUAUAAGGAAUUGUUAUUGGCAGUGUUUUAAUCAUGGUCUUAAUUUCUAACUGGCAAAGGGUGUUUACUCAGUAGACUGCCCAGAUAGUCUUCAAGUAUGCAUUUUUCAAAUGCAUUUGUGCAGACAGAUAUUUUCUGAAACAACUGUCAUAGAGCCAUUUUUAAUAAAUAUGAAAUUACAUUAGGUCUGUAUGAUCUUGAAGACUUAGAAAAUCAGGAAGCCAUAUUAGAGUGAUCCAACGUUCCCCAAAAUUGCUGUCUGCCAAUGACAUUUUGUCUUUUUACUACUGAUGGCAGAUUUCAAUAUUCUUCGUUGUUCUUUGGUUAAAUAGAGUGAACUCAUUUUUAAUGAUAGUUCUGUAGCUCUUAAAGUAUACUUGCAGUAUGGAAGACACUGCUGGGGUACCAACUCUUCAGCACUGCUGAUUGGUGGCUCAUCCCCUCUGGGUUCCAAGUCUUCAAAGGAGAAGCCAGUUUCCUUGUAGCUUAACAGGAUGAAACUGAACAUGAUUUUAUUUUCCACAUUUCCUUUUCUUUCAUAUUCUGGUUUCAUGAUCCAUCUUCAGAGACUGACAUUUCAGGAUCCAUAUUAAAGCAUUCAUUUUCUUUGUUACAUUUCUCUAUCUGAUGUGUCUUACUGCUGAAACACAUGAAAAGUGCCGUGUUUUUAAUGCCUUCAGAGGUUUGAGGUUUGUUUUUCUCUUUCUUUUGGGUAUUAAUAUCUGUUCUGUUUUUCUCUUUUCAUAAAGGUUUGGUUGAUUUCCAACCAAAUAAGAUAGUGGAUACCAUGAACUACAUGUGCCUAGCUAAUUGGCAAACUUAUUGACCAAUAUACUAAGUGCAGCGCCUCAUUUGAGUACCCUUUUUGAGAAGGUAUGAUGAAAAUGGGCGAGUGUGUCAGCAUCUCUUAUUAAUCGGUUUUGGUUUUGGUUCAUGAAGAAUGCUUAGUUUGUUAACCUGUGAUGUUGCCUAGAGCUGUAUUUAUCUGUUUUUAUUUAUACUAGUGUAGUAAAAGCUGCAUAUCAUUACAGUAAAAAUGAUUACUGUGAUGAGUUAAGAUCUAUUAAAAUCUCUACUUAAA